GCCUCGUUCAGUAGUGCUUCAGUGUGCGUCGCAGUUACCCGGCGUACGUUCGCUGGCACUUUCGAAUCCGAGAAUAACCGCGACAUCAAAUCAAAAAUUCAAACGAACAUUCAAACUUCUGUUUCUUCGCGAGUAGCUCUUAAUUACAUUUUUUUUUCGCUCAUUAUUGUUAUCCACAAUUUAAUUACAUAAUUUAAUUUGUAUUUUACCAUCUAAUACUUUUUUUGGGGUUGUGUAUAUAUUAUAUGUGUGUGUGUAAAGAAAAUAUUUCAAAAGCUAGAUAAAACUGAAUCAGUUUUAAAAUAAUAAACCCAGAAAAAAAGUAAUAAAUUGUUAGUUUUAUUCGACAUCAAACAAAAAACUAUCCGACUAAACUGAAAUCAUGAACUACGUAUUGAACUUCUGCAAAAUCACCGGAAAGAGUAGAAUCUUCAAACGACACUUUUAUCUACCACUUUUAAAACCUCAAACGCCCAAAGAUGCUCUACGAACGUUUAAGAUAACCGGAAAAUGGUUGCUUGGUUCGAAAGUCCAACAUUACAUGCCAGUUUUAUUUAAUCACCGUAGAAAACGAUCGAAAUCAUCGAAAGAUUACGGCAAAAUCACGCAUAAACUUAUGAAAGGUUAUAAAUAUCUUACACCUGUACUCGAUCCAAAUUUAGAAAGCCAUCAAUUGCUUCUAAAUAUACUAAAAAAUAAAUCCGGCACGGGAAAGUUCGUUUACACCAUUGAAGAUAAAAAGCACAAUUUAGUUUUUUCGGCCGAAUUAGAAUUAGCUAUUCGAGAUGGUGAUAUAAUCGACGUUUUAAUUUCACAUAGUAGUAAUAAAAUUUUAUUAAAGUUGAAAGAUUUUAAAAAGGUUCCUAUUGAUCUUGAAAAUUUUAAUUUAGACGAACCAAUGUUUAACGGCGAAGGUCAAACUUCGAGCGAAGAAGAGAAGUUUCAUCACUACGGAAAAUUUACGAUGAGUUUAGCUCGUAUUUUUGAAGAGAAAGAGCGCGAAUUGGAAGAGUGGGAAUUAGAGUUGAUGAAUAUUAUUGAAAGACGUAAAAAACAACACGGCGAAGGAACGAUCGAGUGGGACGAUAUGGUUAAAGAAGAAAUUAAAAAUUUAAAUUGGAAGAAAUUCGAGAAGGAAGCCAAACAAGUUAUUGAUACGAUUUUCGAGGAAGUUGAAGAGGAACAUAUUGGGAUGGAGGUUGAGGACUUUGAGAUUACCAAGAAUGUGUGUGAUAAAAUCAUCGAGAAUAACGCGUUACAUUUAUUACCUUCGAUGAAUGAAAUUAAUGAUAUUGUUAAGAAUUUAGGGAAAGCAAAACCGUGCAUUAUUGGGGAUACUAAAAAAAUUUCUGGGGUUAAAGUUAUUUUGGAUAAUGGGAAGCAACUUUUUGUGCCUGGCCAAAUGGUAAAAACCGAUGAUGGUGACGUUUUUGUUCCAGGGCAAACAAUCGAAAAUGAAUUUGGGUUCGAAUACGCACCUGGAAUUACGAUUAAUUUAGAUGGAAAUCCUUCGUUGAUAACCGGAUUGAUUAUGGCAGAAGAAAAUACACAGAAACCGAUGUUUCUUCCUUCUGAAUCUACAAUAACAGCUGAUGGUCAAUUAACUUUUACCACAAAUCCAGAGGAAAGACCUAAACCCAUUCCAAAAGUUGAGAAAACCGAAAAGAAAUCAAAAAAGAAGAAGAAGAAGAAGAAAAAUAAAAAUGAAAAUGUAAAUGAAAAUUUGGAGACACCAAAAGUAAUAAAUGAUACAGAAAUAAUUAUUAUUGAAGAAAAUCUUCCGAUUAUUGAAGAACCAAAACCUGCGAUUGAGGAGAUUUUAAACGAAAUUAAAUUAGAUGAUGUCGCAAUCGAUUUAAUCGAAGAAACUCCGAGUUAUUUAGAAGAAACAUCUUUCAUUGAUUCAAAAAUGGGCUCAAUGGAUAACUUAACCGAAGACGAAUAUAUACCUAAAGAUAAAGAAAUUAUAGAAAUAAAACCAAUCGAUGAUGGUAUGGACGAUGUAAUCGCUUCAGUUGAAGAAAAAAAAUCAGAUUUACAAAAGAAAUUGGAGGAAUUACGCAAAAUAACACUCCCAGCCGGUGAUGACUUUGUAACUUACGUCACUGUAGACGACGCUAACGAAAUUGCGCUAAAAAUAACCGACGAUGAAGCUAAAAGUUACAAAUUAGCUGAUAUAUUGAUAACUUUAUUACGCAGAGCUUCAACUUUCCGAGAAAGAAGCAAAAUUAAUAUGCAAAAUAUAAAUAACCCGAUUAUGUUAGAUAGCACCGUUUUUAUAACUGAAGCUGACGAAAAAUUUUUUGUCGCAAACCCCAACGUUAAAAUCGCUUUAAAAAGUGCCGCAGUAGCCGCUAAUGAUAUCUUUAAAAAACGACCAAAAGAUCAAGCGUUAGCUUUAUCGACAAUGGGCGAUAUAAUAAUCGAUUUAUUAAAGGAUAAAAAUAAAAUUUUAGACGAAAUGUGCUUAUUAAUGAACACCCCAAUCGAUCGAAACGAAAUUAGCACAAGCAUUUUUAAAGAACUCACUCAAGAUAUUCGCGAAAAUAAAGUAGAUUUACUUAAAAGUUUUAUUGAUUUAUGUGAUAAACACGAACAUAUUGGCAUGCUUGAUAAAGUGUUGGAUGUUUUACCAGACGAUAACAUCACAACAACCGCAAUAAAAAAAUUGGGCAAAGUAGACCCUGAAUUACUUUAUUUCGUAGCCGAUAACGUAGAAGAGCGCAUUAAUAUGGUAAAAACAGAAUUAGCCGCAAUGAAUUUACUCGAAGACUCGAUAAUCGAUGCGGUUAAAGAUUUUUCGAACGAAAAAUUACAAGAAUUCGCUAUUUUAGCAGACAAAAACGCCCUCACCGAUUUUGUAUCCGAAGGAAUCGGAGUUGCCAAAGCAUUGGGUUUACAAGAAGUAUCGGAAAGUUUGAACCAAAUCCUCAUCACCACCGACUUAAACAUUAUGACCCUAGAUAAAUCAUCAUUAGAUUUAUUAAAACGCUUAAUCAUAAUAAGAAAACUCGCCGAAAGAGAUUACUCUUGCAAAACGGCUUUGGAAAGGAUUCGAAAAAAUCCGGAUUGCGGCCAAACCGAUCCAAGAAUCAGACAAUUAGUGCGCGAAAGCGCCUCUUUAAUGUUACAACCAAAUCCGAUUAAAACAUCGAGGGAAAUCCCGUUAAGAUUGUUUCGAAAUGAAAAUUUUUUGGCGAUCGAGGAUUAUUUAAUAAGAAGGAAUAAAGGUGAACAUCCGAUUUUGAUAAGUAGAAAUGGUGUGCAAGCUGUUGUGCCGAAAGAGGCUGCGAGAGCCGUUUUGGCCGGACGAGUGCCAUAUCUGUUAAUCGAUGAAAGCGGUGUAACCAAUUUUAAACCUAUGCAUAUGUUUAAUGCGUUGAAAAUGAGCAGAAACCGCGAAAAGCGAUACGAAAAUUAUGCGAGUGUUGGUGGACACGAAAAAUUAUUAGAUCCCGAAUCGAAGAAAAGACAAGAAAAAUUAUACAGCCCACCGAAAAGAUCUUCAGCUGAACGAUAUGCUGAUCGGUACAACUAUAGCAGAGAACCAUUGCCGAUGACAGCCCUUUACGGGGCUAGCUACAGGCCGAGGGCCUAACAUCAUGCGCGAAGAAGAAUUAGAAGUAGCCCUUAAGGUGGUAAUUGUGGGCAACGGUGGAGUAGGAAAAUCUAGCAUGAUCCAAAGAUACUGCAAAGGCACAUUUACAAAAGAUUACAAAAAGACGAUAGGUGUCGAUUUUCUGGAGCGACAAAUUGAAGUUGAUGGUGAAGAUGUGAGAUUAAUGUUAUGGGAUACAGCGGGCCAAGAAGAGUUCGAUGCCAUUACGAAGGCGUAUUACAGAGGAGCCCAAGCUUGCGUCCUCGCCUUUUCAACGACCGAUAGGGAUUCGUUCGAAGCGGCACACUCGUGGAAACUCAAAGUUGAAAAUGAAUGUGGUGAAAUUCCUACGGUAAUAGUUCAGAAUAAAAUAGAUCUAAUUGAGCACAGCGUUGUCAGCCCUGAAGAAGUUGAUUUAUUAGCCAGGGCAUUGGGCUGCAAAUUGAUCAGAACCUCCGUAAAAGAAGACGUAAAUGUAGCAGCCGUUUUUAGGCAUUUAGCCGCAAGAUGCCUUCAGGAA